AUGUCGUGGGCUUGCGACCAGGCGCUCACCUCUAACAUAGUGAAUAGUUACCAGCCGACCGGACCUCUCUUCAUACAAACCCUCCAAAGUUUCUUAGCAGCACAAUGUGCUCUCGUUGGAGACCAUCUUUGGCCCGAUGAUGCCACGAAAGCUGUUCUUGAUGAUCCUAAUUACGACUUUAUAGUGGUAGGCGCUGGAUCCGCGGGAUCAGUUGUGGCGAACAGACUCAGUGAAAACCCGGAAUGGAAAGUUUUGCUGGUGGAAGCUGGAGGUAAUCCAAAUAUAGGUACCGAGAUGCCGCAACUUUUCUUCUCCAACAUGGGUACCUCAGUGGACUGGGAUUAUCACAGUCAACCUCAAAAAGGUGCCUGUAGAGGUUAUAAAAAGAAAGAAUGUGCUUGGCCACGGGGAAAACUACUAGGAGGUAGCAGUAGCAUUAACGGUAUGUUCUACGUGAGAGGUAAUAGAGCUGAUUACGACGAAUGGGCGGCUAGUGGUAACAAUGGCUGGAGUUAUGAAGACGUAUUACCUUACUUCUUAAAAAUUGAAAACUUUAAUGGAGAUGUUACACAUGAAAACGAAAAAUAUCACAACCAAAAUGGACCUCUUUAUGUUGUGCAAGGUAAGCCAAAUCCUUUGGAAAACCUCAUCAUUCAAGCUGCUGUGGAACUUGGUAUUAAGAAUGUAACAGAUAUUAAUGGUGACAACCAAAUGGGUAUUCUGGUGUCCCACACCAAUAUCAAAAAUAAUUUUAGAGUGAGCACAGCUAGAGCGUACCUAAGCCCCAUUAAAGAGAGAAAAAAUCUUCAUGUUAUGAAGCACACGCAUGCGACACAGAUUUUAUUUAUUCCGGGGACAAAUACAGUAAAUGGCAUCCUUGUUAAUAAAGAUGGAAAAGAUAUUACAGUUAAUGCUAAGAAAGAGAUCAUUUUAUCAGGAGGUGCAGUCAACUCUCCGCAACUAUUAAUGUUGUCUGGUAUAGGUCCAAAAAAACAUUUAGAAGAUGUGGGUGUCACUGUAAUAGCAGACUUAUCGGUUGGUGAGAACUUACAGGAUCAUAUAUAUGCACCCAUAUUUUACUCUAUGCCAUUUGAUAAAGAUACGACGACUCUGGCUAAUUUUUUCGACGCAUUUGUAAAAUAUAUUUUGGAAGGCUCUGGACCACUGAAAGAUACUAGUCCGAACAGAGUAAUCAGCUUUAUAAAUACUACGGAUGCUAAAUCGUCUUCCCCUGACAUUCAGUUCCACUAUUUAGUUUUGCCUCCUGAUGCUUCCAACAUCACUGAUAUUUACGGCAAGCAUGGAUUAGGAGAAGAGUUUCAUCAAAAGUUUUUAAAAAUGAAUGAGGACAAACUAUUCAUUGCAGCCUAUUCCGCGGUAUUAUAUCCUAAAUCCAAAGGUAAAAUUCUUCUAGCGAGUAAAAAUCCUUUUGACAAACCACUUAUAUAUGCAAACUACUUCGAAAACCGUGAAGAUCUGGCAUGUAUGGUAAGAGCGAUGAAGCAACAUUCGUUAAAGUUGGGUGACACAAAAACUUUUAAGAGUGCAGGAUUGAAUCUAGAUUGGGUCGAGCUAGAUGCAUGUAAAGAUUUUGAAAAGGCUAGCGAUGAACAUUUGGAAUGCAUAGCAAGAGAGUUAACUUUCUCUUUAUAUCAUCCAACUAGUACCGUGAAAAUGGGUCCUGAAAACGAUGUGAUGUCAGUGGUAGACCCAGAGCUCAAGGUACGCAAAGUGAAUGGUCUAAGAGUGAUUGAUGCUAGUAUUAUGCCAAAUAUCGUGAGAGGAAACACGAAUGCAGCAUCUAUGAUGAUUGGUGAAAAAGGAGCCGACAUGAUAAAACAUUUUUGGUUAAACAAGAACACAGAACUCUAA